CCAAAGACUGAGGAGGUAUAAAUUGGGAACACCCAUAGACAUCAUUCCAGACUGGAUUUCUCCUAAGAUUCACGUACAGCAUGCCAGCGCCCAUCAAGAAGUCUGCCAAGAAGGCAGAAAAAAUGCAGAAGCCCACUGAGCCUGAAGCCGCACCCGAGUCUGCCCCCACGGAAGCUGUUGCCCCCUCAGUAGACAAAGUCGCUCCCGUCGCACCUGAAGCUGCUGUUGCUGCUGCUGCAUCUGCUGAAGCUUCUGUUCCAGAGGAAAGCACUAUUGCAGAAGAAGUCCCUCCUGAGCACACUGCUACUGCUCCCACUGAAAGUUUAACUGAGGCUGCACCUGCUGAAGCUGCUCCUGUAGAGGAACCUCCUAAAGCCCCAACACCCCCUCCUCCAGCAGUGCCCACAAGUCCUCCUCAGAACCUUGUUGUUGAUGAUGUCACAGAAACAUCUCUUACCAUCAAAUGGCAGCCUCCAGAGACCAUUGGAGAAUCUGGAUUGGAUGGAUACACUGUGGAAUAUUGCAAGGAAGGAGAUCGUCCAAGGAUCCGUUUGCCUCGCUUUCUCAGAGCACGAUAUAUCAAGCAAGUUGGAGACCAGAUCAACCUGGUCAUCCCUUUCAUUGGAAAACCCAAGCCUGUGAUAACAUGGACCAAGAAUGGCCAGCCUUUGGAUGUAAAGAAGGUAAAUAUUCGUAACAGUGACAAAGACAGCAUCCUGUUCAUUCGCAAAGCUGAGAGAGAUGACUCCGGCACAUACCAGAUGACUAUCAAGGUUGAUAGCUUGGAGGACAAGGCAAACAUUGUAAUUCAGAUUGUGGAACUCCCUGGUCCUCCUGCCAGUGUCAAACUGAUUGACACGUGGGGUUUUAACGCUGCUUUGGAAUGGACCCCACCCAAAAACAAUGGCAAUACUGACAUAACUGGCUACACUGUUCAAAAGGCUGACAAAAAGACUGGAGAGUGGUUCACUGUACUGGAACACUUCCACACGCUAAAUGCUACAGUCUCUGACCUGAUCAUGGGAAAUUCUUACAGCUUUAGAGUCUUCUCAGAGAACAUGGUUGGAAGAAGUGAGAGUGCUGCUGUAACAAAACAAGUCGCUACUAUUCAAAAAACAGGUAUUGUCUACAAACCACCAGAAUACAAGGAGCAUGAUUUCAGUGAGGCCCCUAAAUUCACAGCACCCCUCAGUGACAGGGCAGCCACUGUUGGUUACUCUACUAGACUUCUGUGUGCAGUCCGUGGCUCACCUAAGCCUAAGAUUGAGUGGAUGAAAAACCAGAUGCUGAUCGGGGAUGACCCAAAGUUCAGGCAGAACAGCAACCUGGGAGUCUGCUCACUGGAAAUUCGCAAACCUUGCAGCUUUGAUGGUGGUGUCUACACUUGCAGAGCCAAGAAUGCACAUGGAGAAGCUACAGUUGCCUGCAAACUGGAGGUUAAACAAGUGAUUGUUCCAGAAGAUAAACAGAAGAAAUAGGCUCACUUACAACUGACUGAUACAAGUGAGAAAUAAAAAAAAAUAACAUACAAUUGCAAAAA